ACAAAAAAAGUAGUAAGCAACCAAAGAUGCCUGGAAACCUAUGCUCACUGGAAGCUCUUUCCUCUUCCUUCCAAGUCCAUAGCAAGUCAAGGGAAACAUCCCCUCUAGAAUACGAGGCCACCAAGCCCCAUGCAAACCACUUAAAAUUUCAGAAAUUCAAUUCCCUUCCUCAAUCAGCAAGGGAGCUUUCAAACAAAGCAAUUUCUUUCCACUUCGAGGAGACACUUUUGAAGUCACCUUCCCUGUUUCCUUACUUCAUGCUUGUGGCCUUUGAAGCUGGUGGGCUUUUGAGGGCUCUAAUUUUGUUUCUUUUAAGCCCUUUUAUUUGUUUGGUUGGUGGAGAGCUGGGGCUCAAAAUCAUGGUUUUUUUGUGCUUUUUUGGAAUUAGGAAGGAAAAAAUGAGAGUUGGGACAGCUGUGCUGCCCAAGUUCUUUUUGGAGGAUGUUGGGUGUGAAGGGUUUGAUGUGGUGAUGAGAUGUGGGAAAAAAGUUGGAGUUAGUGACUUGCCUAGAGUCAUGGUUGAAGGAUUUUUAAAAGAUUAUGUUGGGGUUGAUGUUGUUGUUGCAAGAGAACUAAAAGUGGUUGGUGGAUACUUUGUGGGUUUGAUGGAGGCAAAAAAUACAAACAGUUUGGAUUCAAAUCUGAUUCUUGGAGAGAAAAAGUCAGAUUAUCAAGCAAUUGGUAUAAUUGGUUGCCACAAUGAAAACAUGCAUGAGCAACUCUUUUCUCAUUGCAAGGAGGUUUACUUGGUGACCGAAGCUGAGAAGCAAAGCUGGAAAAGCCUUCCAAGAGAGAAAUACCCAGAACCAUUGAUUUUCCACGAUGGAAGAUUGGCCUUCAAACCAACCCAACUUGCCACCUUGGCCAUGUUCAUGUACAUGCCACUAGGAAUUUGCCUAUGCAUCCUAAGAUUCCUUUCUGGCAUAUUUCUACCUCACAGCAUUUGCGCUCCAAUCUUGGCCUUCACAGGAACAAUCACCACAAUUUCAAAACCCAAGUCCUCUAUUUCCUCAACAAAUGGUAAAGGAGAAAAACAAAGAGGCAGACUCUAUGUUUGCAACCACAGAACCUUGCUUGAUCCUCUCUAUGUUCAAUUAGCCACCAACAAAUCUCUCACUGCUGUCACUUACAGCUUAAGCACAGUGAAUGAGAAAAUUGCUCCCAUGAAGACUGUCAGAUUAACAAGAGACAGAGACAGAGAUGGGAAAAAAAUGGAGAAGCUGUUGAGCCAAGGUGACCUAGUGGUUUGCCCAGAAGGAACCACAUGCAGAGAGCCUUAUCUGUUAAGGUUCAGUCCAUUGUUUGCUGAGCUCACAGAUGACAUUGUUCCUGUGGCCAUAGAUGUGAAAGUGAACAUGUUUUAUGGCACAAGUGCUAGUGGGUUCAAAUGUUUGGAUCCAGUUUUUCAUUUUAUGAACCCAAAUCCUGUUUAUACCAUCAGGUUGCUUGAGAAUCUGCCAGGAUCAAACACAUGCAAGCUUGGUGGAAAAUCAAGGUUUGAAGUUGCCAAUUAUGUACAAAAUGAGAUUGGCAGGGCCUUAGAUUUUAGGUGCACCAGUCUCACAAGGAAAGACAAGUAUAUGGCAUUGGCAGGCAAUGAUGGGAGCUUGAAGGGCUCAAGGAAGGUGACUCAUCAUGCAUGAGUCAUAACUCUGAAACUUAAUUAUCACUAGUUUAGGACAUAUGUAUGGUGAAGAAACCAUGUGUAAGCAUUAAUAAUGUAUAAGCUUAUUUAUUGUAGUGACCAUGAAACUAUGAUCAAAUCUUAUAUUGC